CUCGCAGCCACUGGAAGCGCCAGACCGGAAGAAUAACAUUCGCAUCUGAAGAGAAGCAGUGGAGAGAGAUCGAUGGCGGCGAGCAAGAGGAAUGCGGUGGUUGCGGCGGCGGCGUGGUGCGUGCUCGUCGUGCUGGCCGUGGGCGCGGAGGCGCAGGGCGGCGGCGGCGGCGGGGAGUGCGUGCCGCAGCUGAACCGGCUGCUGGCGUGCCGCGCGUACGCGGUGCCGGGCGCCGGGGACCCGAGCGCCGAGUGCUGCAGCGCGCUCAGCUCCAUCUCGCAGGGCUGCGCCUGCAGCGCCAUCAGCAUCAUGAACAGCUUGCCUUCCAGAUGCCACCUCGCCCAAGUCAACUGCUCGGCCUGAUACAAGAUAAGAGUUGAAUAAUCAAGGAGGUGUUGAUGAAGCGGAAGCCAUCGUCUUCGUUUUCUCCUUUACUAAAAUGCUCAGAAUUAUAGUGCUGCAGCUGCUGUUGAUGUCUGACAUGAAUAACAAGGGGAACAAUUGUGUAACGCCCGGUUGCUGGUUUAUUACUAAACGAUGACUCUUUCCCUUAUCUCUAUUUUUGUCGAA